CAUGUAGUAGAGGUAACCAGGUUCAUAUAUGAUAUAUGGCUAAUGGUUUGAUGGUAGACAGGUAGACAUGUGGUAGAGGUAACCAGGUUCAUGUAGUAGAGGUAACCAGGUUCAUAUAUGAUAUAUGGCUAAUGGUUUGAUGGUAGACAGGUAGACAUGUGGUAGAGAUAACCAGGUUCAUAUAUAGCUAAUGGUUUGAUGGUAAACAUAUGGUAGAGAUAACCAGGUUCAUAUAUAGCUAAUGGUUUGAUGGUAAACAUAUGGUAGAGAUAACCAGGUUCAUAUAUGGUUAAUGAUUUGAUAUGUGGUAGAUCAAGGUUCAUAUAUGGCUAAUGAUUUGAUAUGUGGUAGACCAAGGUUCAUAUAUGACUAAUGGUUCAUAAAUGACUAAUGGUAUACAUAUGGUAGAGGUAGACAUGCGGUAGAGGGAGGUUCAUAUGUGUCACCACUUCUUGUAGUUUGUCAUCAUACCAUUUAACCUAACUAACCUGUUAAAAUUUAAAACCAUUACUCAUUGAGAAACCAUACCCUUUAACCUAACCUGUUAAAAUUUAAAACCAUUACUCAUUGAGAAGCAACCUCAUUCACCCAAACCCCUGCAACACACAAAACAGUGAAACACCAUGCUAAAAGCUCCGCUUCAUACAAGCAAACCAUCACCCACAAGAUGGUUUUAUCGAAUUUACACGCUCGUUUACACAAUCGCCAUUUUCGCACUCGUUUAUCACCAUUGUUGUAACCUUAUCCACUCUCCUUUCACCACCGUUUUCCUACUCAUAGCUGACCUCAUGCUAGCUUUCUUGUGGGUGACAUGGCAAGCUUUCUUUCUGAAUCCGGUGUUCCGACAGGUUUUCCCGGAGAACCUGGCACAAAUGGCGAAGGAAAACGAGUACCCAGGACUGGACUUGUUUAUUUGCACGGCUGAUCCGUUCAAAGAACCACCGAUUGGAGUGGUUAACACGGUGUUGUCUGUGUUGGCGUAUGACUACCCGUCGGAGAAGCUGUCAAUAUAUCUGUCGGACGACGGAGGGUCGCAGCUAACACUGUUUGCGUUCAUGGAGGCUGCUAAGUUUGCGAGACAUUGGUUGCCAUAUUGCAAAAAGUAUAAUCUAAUGGACAGAUCUCCUGAAGUUUACUUCGGAAGCAAUCCAUCCUUCUUCCCUGAAACAAGUGAAAUCCAGGAGAUGUACGAGAUCCUCAAAUCUACAGUUAAGAAGGUGAUUGACCGAGGGACCAUCGAUCUGGAUCAAAUUAAUUGUGAUCGUACGAUCAAAUCAUUCAGCAAAUGGACCCCUGGAUUUACACGUCACGAUCAUCCUGCAGUCAUCGAGGUUUUAUUGAAAAAUAACAUCGAUAAAGAUGUUAUGGGUCAUUACAUGCCCAAUUUGUUCUAUAUCUCACGAGAAAAGAAUAGAAACACACCACAUCAUUUUAAGGCCGGUGCCCUUAACACAUUGAUCCGGGUAUCAGGUGUGAUGACAAAUGCACCUAUAUUUCUUUCUUUAGAUUGUGACAUGUACUCAAACGAUCCAAAGACACCACUUCGCACGCUAUGUCAUUUCUUGGAUCCUAAUGUUGAUCCAAAGCUUGCAUUUGUUCAAUUUCCUCAACGCUUCCACAACAUCAACACGAACGACACUUAUGGUGCUGAACAUGUGCUUGAGACACGGGCAUGCACAGUAGGAAUGGACGGUUUGGGUGGCACGUUUUUCAUGGGCACUGGUGGCUUCUUUAGAAGAAAAGUUCUCAUAGAAAACCCUAAAGAAUCACAACAGAUAUGGAAUGAACCAAUUCAAUCCAAAGAUGUUUCAACAUUAGCACACCAUGUCGCCAGUUGUACCUACGAGGACAAUACGAAAUGGGGUCAUGAGAUUGGGUUUCGAUAUGGUAGUUUGGUUGAGGAUAUAUACACAAGUUUCAGAUUGCAAUGUUUAGGAUGGAAGUCUGUUACAUGCAACCCAUCGAGAGCUGCAUUUCUAGGCAAUAUGCCGAUAGCACUCAAUGACAUUCUAGCUCAAAAUAAUAGGUGGUAUAUGGGUAUGCUACAAACAGGAUUAUCCAAGUUUAGUCCCAUGACAUAUGGAAUCAAGUUUAUGAAUCCUCUCCAAGCAUUGUGCUAUGCACACUACCAUUUCCGAGCCUUUUGGUCUAUUCCAGUUAUCAUCUAUGCCCUUGUGCCACAGUUCGCACUUGUAAACGCUUCCUCGAUAUUCCCAAAGGUUUCAGACCCUUGGUUUCCUUUAUAUGUAUUCCUUUUCAUUGGAGCGUAUGUGAAAGAUUUUCUUGAUUAUGUGAUGAACGGGUCAACGUUCAAACGAUGGUGGAAUCGUCAAAGAAUGUGGUUGAUAUUAGGAUGCUCAAGUUACCCAUUUUCAAUAGUCGAUUGGUUGCUCACUUCCCUAGGCAUGUCGACAUUUGAAUUCAACGUAACAAGUAAAGUGUCAGACAGUGAAAUAAGCAAACGUUAUGAGGAAGGGGUAUUUGAAUUUGGAGUGGAAUCUCCAUUGCUUUUAUCUGUGAAUAUAGUAGCGGUUCUCAAUUUAUUCGCGCUUAUGAUUGGAAUUAAGCAUGUUUUGAUCAAUGAUGGGACGUUUGAAGAACUAUUUGUUCAGUUGUUUAUAACAGGGUUUGCUGUGUUGAAUAGUUGGCCACUAUAUGAAGGUAUGGUAUUGAGGAGUGACAAAGGAAAGAUGCCUGCUAAGACUACCUUGAAAUCAGUUGGUGUGGUUUUGGUUAUUUACUUGGCCUUCUUUUAGACAUUUUAAAUAGAAUAUUGUCAUAAAGGGAAAACAAAUAACAUUAAGUUUGUUAUAUAUGUCAUUUAUUUUUUUUAAAUUUGUAUAAAAUGCAUUCAAAUAAUAUUAUGUUAUGCCAUAUUAGAUGUCGGAUGCAAUAUCAACGCUAUGUAGAUACAUGUGAAUAAAUUAUAUCCUAUUGAAUGUCAC